AUGGCCGACCCAGAUAGAACAAUGCAGCAAGCCAUCGCCCGCUUCCGCACCCGCAUGGCAGCCGCAAACCACAGAUUCGUCCAGGACCGCAUGACCGAGAUCGAAGCAAAGAACCUCCCCACCGAGCAAGAGAAGCUCUGGGAUUUGAGUGUGUACCGCCACUUCAACAAGCUCGCGACCGGCGGCACCGCACCUGCAGACCAGGGCACCGACGAGGAUCGCCGCAAGGAGAACCGCCUCCGCGCAGCAACGCGCCUCUCCGACGUCCCCUCCCUCCUCGACUGCCUCCCCGUCCCAGCCGACGGCGUCAAGCCGCCACUCCUCCCAACCCCCGAAUGGCGCGCCAUGUACCUCGACACCAUCCAACGCGUCUGCCAGCGCCAGGCGGACGACUGGGCCGCGGAGGAAGGGCAGAACCCGCCGGGCCCGAUCCCACGCUGCGACGAGCUAGGACACUUCCUAGCCCACGCGUCCGCCGCCAUCGACCCUGACUUCCGGUACGCGGGGAUUGCGCCCUUCGACCCGAGCUAUCGGUGGGGGCCCGACGACGACAUCGUGAAGCGGUGCGCCGACAAGGCCGAGAUAUGCGACGUGCUUGCGAAGCGGCUGGAGCUCGUCAACAGCCCCGACACCACCGACCUCAUCCUGGGCGCGACCUUGCUGGACGAUGACCUGGAGGUGCAGGCUGGGUUCCUGACGGGCUGGGGGAACAUCGGCGAGCAUGCGGAGUGGUUUAGUGCGUACUUGUACUGUCGCGGGGCGGAGGAUAGCGACAGCGACAGCGACAGCGACAGCGAUAGCGAUGACGAAGAGGAACAGCAGAUCAAGGACGCCGCUUGUCUGAGCGAGUGGCGGUGGCGGGUGGUGUUGUUUCAGACGGAGGAGGAUAACCCGCGCGUGCUUUACGGGCGCAGGCCGCGGUUUGAUUCGAUUGCCGAGUUUCUGGAGUGGUAUCCGAGUUGGAUUGAGGAUCUGGAUGCGAGGAAGGUGCGCAGCCUGCGCAAGCAUGCUUGGGGUUGUGAGACGGACUGUGACUCGGAUUGCGAGGAACCUGGGCAUGAGACCCCCCUUGGCAUCUGUUGA